CUUCUCUCACUCUUUCUUUCUCUCUCUAUGUUUGCCCUUUCCUUUCUCUCUACUUGAUGCCCUACUGGUUUCCAUUCGAUCUAGGGUUUGGGUUUGAGCUGAUCUUCUGCUACAGUUCUUGCUUGAUAGUUCUUCUAAGAUUUCUUUAAUAUUUUUAUAAAAAUAAUUUCCUACUAAAUAUUUUACUGUUUUUUUUUUGGGUUGGGAAUUUCUUAAUCAUUUUUAGUUGUUUAUUUUUCUUUGUUUUCUGUUCACUACUUUUGGGUGUUGUUAAUUGUUGUUGGAGAGUGUAUAUGGCGGGGUUAGACUUAGGUUCAGCGUCCCGUUUUGUUUCUCAGCUUCAAGGGCGGCCAGAGACGGAGGAUGAGAGCAGCCGGAACCCUUUUUCCGGCGAGAGUGGAGGCGGCGGAGGGGUGUUGGGUGAUGUGGUGGCUCGACGGCCGAGAGGGCGGCCGGCGGGGUCGAAGAAUAAGCCGAAACCGCCGGUGAUUAUUACGCGGGAAAGUGCGAACGCUCUCCGGGCGCAUAUUUUGGAGGUGAGUAAUGGGUGCGAUGUUUUCGAGUCGGUUGCGAAUUAUGCGCGGAAGCGGCAGAGAGGGAUUUGUGUUUUGAGCGGGAAUGGGACGGUGAACAACGUGACGCUCCGGCAGCCGUCGGCGGCGGGCGCCGUCGUGACGCUGCAGGGGCGGUUCGAGAUACUGUCGCUGUCGGGGUCGUUUCUGCCGCCACCGGCGCCGCCGGGGGCCACCAGCUUGACGAUUUACCUCGCCGGGAGCCAAGGGCAGGUGGUGGGAGGGAACGUGGUGGGGCCGUUGAUGGCGUCCGGGCCGGUCAUCGUCAUCGCCGCCUCCUUCACCAACGUGGCGUACGAGCGCCUCCCGCUCGACGACGACGAGGCGGCCGCCGCGGCGCUCCAGAUGCAACCGCCGCAGUCCGAACCGUCCGACGGUGGCGGAGCCUUCCCGGACCCCUCUCUAGGGCUUCCUUUCUUCAACCUCCCAAACGGCCAGCUCCCCAUGGAGAGCCCCGGGGGAUGGGCUGGAAAUCCAGCAUCUCGGGGUCAGUACUAACUAGGUCAGACUACUGCUGCUACUCGAAUGUGCACUCUGUGAUCAUCAUCAUUCAGAAUCGAUAUGUGAAACAUGCAUGGUUAAUUUGUCAUCUUCAUCAUCAUAGCUUGUACAUUUGUUUACUUAAUCUCUUUUGUGACCUAAUUACAAUUUGUCAAAAUGAUUUUCCUUUUCCUCUUAUCUUUAAUCUUCUCAUUGAAUUUUGGUUGGAGGCAUAAUGCAACUUAUUGUUAAA